CCAGGUUGCUGUCGACAUUGCGCAAAUCUGCAAAAUCUGCGCGAUGGAUACUGGUAUAUGAACGACAUGGAACGGCGUUAUCCAGUAUUACUACGCCGUGCAAACCGCAAUGGCUUUCUUUGCCCACGUCGCCCGAUACAUAUUACCCACGAAUUCCACGUUACUGUCACUGAAGAUAGUCGUGGACCACGGCAAUGCCUGGAACUACCACUGGCGUCUAGCAAGCCUAAGCACCUCAAAUGCACACCUUUACCCUCUCUAUGCCGCGAUCCGUGAGACUACAGCUCAUUUCAAGACCAUGAAGAACCUUGCACUAGCAGGAACAGUCAAUGAGUCUCUGUUUUGGCCCAGUGUCAACCCUACUAUCGUGGAACCCUUCUGGCAGAAUUUAGAAUGCUUCGAUAUCCAAUUCCACAUGACAAGGGCAUCAGGAGGCUGGUACUUUAGCUUGACUGCUUGCUUUGUUUCAAUACGUCUUCAGGGAGGAAUUCCUCUUGAAAGAAUCGAGCAACGUGUCUGCUUGCUACUAAAACAUAGGGCCUGCGAAACUCGAUAAAAUGAGCAGCCUCUCUUUACACUGCUCCUAGAUAAUGCACCAGAGAGAAUGAUUCCAUUGAGC